AUGGGUGAGGCAUACGACCCAAGGACCGUCUUCAGCCCCAGCCGAGAGUUGGCAGCCCGCAUCGGGAAUCAGAAGGCACGACAAAUAACAAACCCAUCGUCCUCAUUCUAUCGCAACCUGGAAGACGCACUAGAAGUUAAGAAGAAGUCACACACAUUCUAUUCGAUCCAACAGAAUCUAUGGCAAGCAGCCGAGUCAACAGUCGACUUCAUCUCCAACGACAUUCUCUCCUUUGGGACCAGCGGUAUCUUGAAGACAGAAUACCUGAAAGAGCUUUCCCGAUAUGAUCAACACAACCCUGGGGCGCCGGGAUCGCGACUCGCCGAAGGAAACUACGCCUAUAUAGAAGAAACCGAGCAGCACAUUGCUAAGUUUCAUGGCGCUAAAACGGCACUGCUGCUGGCUUCUGGGUUCGAAGCAAACGUGGCCAUAUGGACGUCAAUACCACGACCGGGCGACGUGAUCUUAUACGACACGUUGGUACACGCCAGCACUCAUGAGGGUAUCGACCAGAGUCUGGCAGGAGAGCGAGAGAGUUUCGCGCAUAAUGACAUCGAGGACUUUCGCCGCAUCCUGACAUGGAUCUUAGAGUCCAAUCCGUUGAUCCAGAGAGGCGCAAGAUCAGUCUUAGUAGCUGUCGAGUCUGUCUAUAGUAUGGACGGCGAUGUCUGCCCAUUGCAAGAGCUUGUCGAUGCCGCGAAGGAAUUGGCUCCUUCCGGAAGUGUCCAGUUUGUGGUGGACGAAGCCCAUAGUAACGGCAUUUAUGGGCCGCAAGGCAAGGGUCUUGUGUGCGCUCUUGGUCUGGAAAAAGAGGUGGCUAUAGUGAUGCAUUCAUACGGCAAGGCAUUGUCGUCAAGAGGCGGUAUGUAUCUCACGGCCUACAUUAGGGCCAUGUAUACUCACUCGCAAAACAGCUGCCAUCCUUGGAAACGAGACAAUUAA